AUGUCGGCGGCAGCUCAACGUCGGCCCAAGGGUCGCCAGCAGCCCCUCGAUGACACAGAGGAGGUCAGAAACCUUCGCGCAAAGUACUCGGACCGCCUCGAAAUGAUCCGAGAGCUCUUCCCCACCUGGACCGACGAGGACCUCCUCUUUGCGCUGCAGGAUGCCGGUGGAGAUGUCGAGCUGGCCGUCGUGCGAAUCAGCGAAGGCCAAGUCGAACAGUUCUCGUCGGUCAAGUCAAAGAAGCACGUCAAGAAGGAGGGCAGCGCCGCCUCUGCGCUCAACGGGUCGUCCGCUGGAUGGAACUCCCUGUCGAGCUCCACACCUUCCACGUUUGGACGUGGUCGCGGCGGGCACGUUGCAUCGGAUCGAGGCGGCCGCGGCCGCGGCGGAGCUGCGGUGCGUGGAGCUCGUGGAGGCCGAGGCGGGUUCCGUGGAGCCGUUGGUGGACGAGGAGGAGGAAUUGCCCCUCAGGUCAACGGACAUGCCGCCAAGUCGCCCGAGACCACCCAAGAGACUCCGGCCCAAUCCUUCGCGCCGAUUGCCACGCCGACGACUGGCACCAGCUGGGCAGAGGCGCUCUCCAAGUCUAAGCUCAAGCAGAACGGUGCUCAGGCUGCUCCUGCCGCCCCCGCGGCUGCUGCCGAUGGACCUGUCGCCGCACCGGCUCUCAAGGACGCGGCCGAUGCUCCUUCGCUCGCCGAGCCCGUCGAAGAGACCCAGAAGGAACAGGCUUCCACGAUCCCCGCCGCCGAAGCGCCCGCCGCCUCGGAAUCAAUCCCGUCGGUCAAGGUCCCGGCAUCGGCCGCUUCAGGCGGCGCUGCUGCUGCUCCCAAACCCGCCAUGAGCUGGGCCCAGAUCGCCCGCAAGUCGGAGGCGCCCAAGCCUGCGCCGGUUGUUGCUCCUGCCGCGGAGCCGGUUGCGCCUGUCGAGGAGAAGAAGGCCGAGGCGCCGGCGGCCGUUAACGAGGAGGUUCAGGACGCUGUCGAGCAGGCCUCGUGGACCGUCGACGAGCCUUCGGCGGCGGCAGAGGUCAAGGAGCCCGUCGAGGAGGCCGCCGCCCCGGCUCCUGAAGCUGCACCAGCUCAGGUUGAGGAGACGCCCGCUGCGGUCGAAGCACCCGCUGCCGCAGAGGCUACGGAGGCUGCAGCUUCCGAGGCCGUCGUUGAACAGGAGGCCGCCGCACCCGCCCCUGCAGCUGCCCCGUCCGCUUCCGCAGUUGCCGGCCCUCCCGGCCUCGCUGCCAACAAGCCCGCCCAGCGAGCUCCGCUCAGCCAGCGCGGGAGCCAGAGGUCCCGACAGGACGCUGCCGUCGUCAUGCCCGGCGGAAGCUCCCAACUCGACAACCUCGGCGUCCGCUUCGGUAGCCUCAACUUCCUCGGCGGUGAGGAUGAAGCCGCAGGCGAGACGUCCAUCGAGGAGCCCGUCGCCGAGAAGACGGAGCAGGUCGCACCGGCGGCUGCUGCUGUUGCCGAUACCCAGGCAGCUUCGCCCGCCGCCUCCAAGGCUCAGCCGAGCCUGCACGAACGUCUGGCUCAGAGUCAGGCCCCUUCUGCCGCCCCCGUCGCGCCGCCGCCGCAGCAGCAGCAGCAGCCGCAGCAGCAACAGCCUCCGGCCCAGGACCCGUACGCUGCUCAGCAGCAGCAGCAGCAGCAGCAGGCCAGCCCCUACUCUGGCUACAGGUCGGAUGCCUUUGAUGGCUCCGCGUACAACUUCGGCGGUCAGCAGCAGCAGACGCCCGUCAGCCAGCAGCAGCCUCAGGCUUCGCAGGAGACGGCGCAGGCUCAGCAGCCGCAGCACCACCAGGACCACCUGGCGGGCUACGGCGGCUUUAACUCUCUCGGACAGAACCAGUCGCACGCCGGCCAGCACACCCAGUCGCAGGUCUCGCAGCAGCCCCACCAGGGCCUCCAGGACUACUCGAUGUACGGCGGCCUCGACACGCAGCGCCUCGCCCACUUCUACGGCAGCUACGACCAGAACACCAAUUCGUUCGGCCAGCGCGCCGACGACAAGGCGCAGACGCAGCAGUCGGCCGCCCAGCCCCAGCAGCAGCAGCAGCCGCCUCUCGACCACCAGGCCGCCGGCCAGCAGCAGCAGCACCAGCAGCAGCAGAGCCAGGGCGCCGCUCCCGGCGUCCACCAGCAGCAGCAGGCCCCCCAGCAGCAGUUCCCCGGCAUCAUGCCGUACUACUACCCGCACUACUACAUGCCCAACCAGUUCCAGCACUACGCCCAGCCCACGGCCGGCUACGGCCAGUACCCGAUGUACGGCCAGCCUACCGGCCAGCCGCAGCACCCCUCCAAGCCUGGCACGCCCGCCAACCUGGCUUCGCCCUACGGCCAGGCCGGCCCUCAGAGCGGCGACGCGUCGGCCUACGGCGCCCAGAGCCACUACGGCCAGACGCCCAGCUCUACCGGACUGUCGGGCUCGUACGACGCCCAGGGCUUCAGCCGCGGUAUGCAGGGCAUGCCCGGCCUUGGCGGCGCCUCUGACUACUCCAAGAUCUACGGCGGUGCGAUCCCCGGCCUCGGCGGCUUCCUCGGCGGCGGCGCCAGCGGAGGCGCUCCUCCGUCGCAGUCGGGCGGCAUGGGUGGUGCGUCUGCCGCCGCCGGCAGCGGCAACGCCGGCACGCCCCACCUCGGUUCGCAGCAGAAGGCCGGCGCGUCUUCUGGCAGCGCCCUCGACAACUACAGGCAGUUUGACGCCAACCCGGCCAAGGCCUCGAACCAGGCCGGCUCGGGCGUCCAGGUCAACCGCUCCCAGGCCCAGGGCUCGUCGACUCCGCAGCAGCAGCAGGCGCAGCAGCACCAGCAGCAGCAACAGCAGCAGUACUACCAGUACGGCGCCUACGGCCACCAGGCCCACACCUCGGGCUCUUACGGCAACUACCCCUACGCCCGCCAGUACUGGGGCCAGUAG